AUGCCAGACCGUCGUUGGGCCAAGCUCAAGGCAAAGCUGUUAUUGCGGCGAUCGUCGUCAACAUCGUCCGUUCCCGCCGCCACCAGCGACAUUAUUGCCGAGAACAAUCCCCAUAAUGCCCACGCCCAACAGAGUUGCGCCCCGGGACAAUUGGACGAUUCGAUCGCGGAUUGUCCCCCAUCGCGACCCAUCAGUUCCAACCGGCGUGCGGUAUCAUUACAGGCUGUGCCCCAAGCCUUGAAGCUGAAGAAGAAGGAGGAGGAGGAGGAGGAGGAGGAGGAGGAGAAGGAGGAGAGGCCAGAAGAGGAGGACGAUCGGGCGAGUGCAGCUGAAGGGAGGCGGACAUCGGUGAUUGGCUCGAAAGGCGGGCGGUCGAGGGGAUCGUUGGAGGAGGAAGAAAAGCAGGUCGAGAAGUUGGAGAACUGCAACUUCAAGUCGAAAUCCUCCUCUCCCCCCGAACCGGUCGCGGAACAACGUGAGGGACAACGGCACUCGCUCCUCGUUCCUCCAGGUGCCAGUGCCGGUGCUGGUCCCAGUGCUUCCCCCCAGCGUCAGCAAUUGGACGCGACGACUUCUUGCGAUCGUGUUCGCCCCGCGCCCUGCAGGCGUCACAGUCACGGUCCCUUUUCCGAGCACGUCCUUUCCCCACCCCCGACAACUCUAUCGCCAGAUCUGCUCCCUUCGCCUUCUCCUACCCCUCCUCUCCCUGUCUCUGAUCGUGGUGUUCUUUCAGCCUCUUUUCAGUUUGGCCAAACUCAAGGCUCCGAUCGCCUGGGGCCUACGGUCGCGGAGCCGCAGUUGCCCGUGUUGGAUGUCGUUGCGGAGAUUCCGUCGGUCGAACCAGAAUUUCAAUCCUCCUCCAACCAUACUCCCGCUCCUUCCUUCCCAAAACGUCCCAGUCUAGGCUCCCGUCGUCAGUCGCUGCUGGCCCCGUCUCAUCAACACCUGAUCAACAGCCUGUUGGAUCCUGGUUUGACCGCAGAGCCUGAGACUAACGGUAACGGUCGCUCCGCCACCUACAGUACAGGCAUGUCUCGCAAGAUCUGGGUCAAGCGGCCAGGCGGAUCGGCCACCUUGGUCCCCAUCUCGCUCGAUUCUUUGGUGGACGAGCUACGGGACCAGGUGAUCUUGAAGUACUCGAACUCGCUUGGCAGAACCUUCGAUGCCCCCGAUAUUGUCAUUCGCAUUACUCCGCGAGAUGGAUCGAAUAGGCAGGCUACUCCUGAUCGCAUGCUAAGCCCCGAGGAGCCGCUGGCAAGCGUGGUGGACACAUAUUACCCGGGUGGUCAAGCUAUCGAGGAAGCUUUGAUUAUCGAUAUCCCUUCGCGUCGCACUCCAAAACCUUCUCCACGCCAUUCAGUAUACUACAACCACCAUCAUUCCGAGCCGGGCGAGCAUGGCGAGUACUUUCCGCUCAUGCCGGCGAAUCCCAGUGUUCCCACGCCGCCGACACAUCCGUCAACCUCGUCCGCCAGUGUUAAUGCUCAUCCUGCCCCAUCGAUAUCAAUACUGACGACAGGAAUGGCCCCUCCGCUGCCUUCUCCAGGGAGUCGCGGGACUCGACAUCCCCGUCGGCCGCCCCUGACUCGCCAUGCCACCAACUCACCCACCAUCCUCAAUCAGGCGCCAACAGCGAAAGACUCCGGGAUCGUUCCCAGCAGUAUCCCUCCGCAGCCUGCUCCGUCCAUCCCUACUCCGCCAGGCCCGCCGCCAGAAUCCCCUCAGGCCAAAUCUCUUACCCCUCCAGCACGCGGGGCAUCCCCGCGUCCACGUCCCUCCACAUCCUCCGCGAAGCCGAAGAAGACCAGCGCAGCACAGGCAUUAAGCGGGGUCUUUGGAGGCCUCAUCGAGGGCACGGUACCGCCCAUCAACGUCUUGAUCGUAGAGGAUAAUAACAUCAACCAACGUCUCUUGGAAGCUUUUAUGAAACGUCUCAGCGUCCGCUGGAAGUGCGCGGCGAACGGUGAAGAGGCGGUGAACAAGUGGCGCCAGGGUGGUUUUCAUCUUGUCUUGAUGGACAUCCAAUUGCCCGUCAUGAACGGCCUGGAUGCGACCAAGGAGAUCCGCAGGCUCGAACGCCUGAACGGUAUCGGUGUGUUUCCCAAGACUGCUGACGGGCGGUCGAGCGCUGCCACUGCCAAUGCGGCCUCGCCCUCGGCAAUUGCGGGCAGUCGGGAACCUCUGAAGGCAGAGGAUACAUUACACGAUCUGUCUCUGUUUAAGAGUCCCGUCAUUAUUGUAGCCCUGACCGCGAGCAGUCUGCAGAGCGAUCGUCAUGAGGCUCUUGCAGCUGGCUGCAACGACUUUUUGACCAAGCCGGUUCGCUUUGAAUGGCUGGAGCAGAAAGUGACAGAAUGGGGCUGCAUGCAAGCCUUGAUCGACUUUGAAGGCUGGCGCAAAUGGCGCGGUUACGCCGAUGACACUCAGCCUUCGCCCACGUCUGAUGGCCAUACGAGUCCCAUGCAAACUGGCGGAGACGGAGUUUCGCGGAAACAGUCCCCUGUUAUACCUCUCUCACCAUCCUCUACUUUGAGUCAAGGAGCCACCAAGAAGGACCGCAAAACCCCCAGUUUCCCUAAACCCAUCGACGUUACACCCGAAGACUCUUCCGGCAGCGGUAGCGGCGAGGGCUUGGACUCACCUGCCAGUCCUGUAACAUCAGUCCCUGUUCCAGACGGGCCUGCAGAUCUCGAUGCACUCUAG